UUAUGGGUAAAAAGAAAGAGUAAAAGCCAAUCUCCAAUAAAGACAUCAACGAUAUCUUUAAGCCUAUAAAAAAACAAGACAAGCAGAAGGUGAAUAAACCUGAUUAAGUCCAAAAUGAAUAAGGGAAUCAGGAACAAAAAUAGAAAAAAUCAGAAAAAUCUAAAACAACUCAAAACCCAUAAACUGCAAAAAAUCCAUAAGCCAAGAGAUUCCAAAACUCCAAGUAAGAGCAAAGCAAAACAAAAUACACAGAAGAAGGGUAUAAGGUGUAUAGCACAGAAGACUUAAAAAUUGGAAAAGGGGGUAAUACUAAUUUAUGUCCUUUCGAUUGCGAAUGUUGUUUUUGA